UCUCACGGCGCGUUCACUGCGCGCUCAUGGCGUUCCUCUCGCGCUCGACAGCUGCGACUGACGUAUUUGGACAAGAAAUGAAUGCCCUGUGAAACUUCUUCGUCUCCCGAAUGUGAUGUUUGCAGGCGCCGUGGGUGUUUCCCCGCUCAUUCCUCCGGUAUAAGUGAUCCGAAAGCACGCCGGUGGAUCGUCGCGGCACAUUUUUUUUUGGCGACGUUACCACGGAAAACACGACCCAAAGCGGUUUGUUUUAAUUUCAUGACCGAAAACUGACCGUUCGCCAAGUUGGAAACGACUCUGGAUCGUUGACUGUGGGGAGAAAUGGGCACUUUACGCGAUCUCCAGUACGCGUUACAGGAGAAGAUUGAAGAACUGAGACAGAGAGACACGCUGAUUGAUGAACUGGAGUUGGAGCUGGACCAGAAAGACGAACUCAUCCAGAAGCUUCAGAAUGAGUUAGACAAAUACCGAUCCGUAAUAAGACCGGCAACUCAACAAGUCCACAAGCAGAGUGUCCUUCAAGAGCAUCAGAGGACCAAGAGACAGGCGAUCUCAGCCGAACCUACUGCCUUUGAUAUUCAAGACCUCAAUCAUGUCACCCUGCCUUUCUACCCAAAGAGCCCACAGUCUAAAGAACUAAUCAAAGAAGCCAUUCUUGACAAUGACUUCAUGAAGAACCUGGAGCUGUCUCAGAUUCAGGAGAUUGUGGACUGCAUGUACCCUGUGGAGUAUGAUAAAGAAAGCUGUAUCAUCAAAGAAGGCGAUGUGGGCUCCCUGGUCUAUGUCAUGGAAGAUGGCAAGGUGGAGGUGACAAAGGAAGGCAUGAAACUCUGCACCAUGGGGCCGGGGAAGGUGUUUGGAGAGCUCGCCAUCCUCUACAACUGCACCAGGACUGCUACGGUACAGACCCUCACAAAUGUGAAGUUAUGGGCCAUCGACCGUCAGUGUUUCCAGACCAUCAUGAUGAGGACCGGACUCAUCAAGCAUGCAGAGUACAUGGAGUUUCUGAAGAGCGUUCCGACAUUCCAAGGCCUUCUGGAAGAAAUACUCAGCAAGCUAGCUGAUGUGCUGGAGGAGACUCACUACAGUGAUGGAGAGUACAUUGUCAGACAAGGUGCCAGAGGGGACACGUUCUUUAUCAUUAGCAAGGGAAAGGUGAACGUUACUCGAGAAGAUCUACCCAAUGGGACCCCUGUCUAUCUGCGGGCAUUAGGUAAAGGAGACUGGUUUGGAGAAAAAGCUCUUCAAGGAGAAGACAUCAGGACGGCUAAUGUCAUCGCCGCUGAAGCUGUCACUUGCCUCGUCAUCGACAGAGAGUCCUUCAAACACUUGAUUGGAGGUCUGGACGAUGUCUCAAACAAAGGCUAUGAUGAUGCUGGCGCCAAAGCAAAAUACGAGGCAGAGAAUGCCUUCUUCUCCAACCUGAAGCUGGUGGACUUCAACAUCAUCGACACCUUGGGAGUUGGAGGAUUUGGAAGAGUUGAGCUGGUGCAGCUCAAGAGUGAAGAGACCAAAACGUUUGCAAUGAAGAUUCUGAAGAAGCGUCACAUCGUGGACACACGGCAACAGGAACACAUCCGCUCUGAGAAACAGAUCAUGCAGGAGGCCCAUUCAGACUUCAUUGUAAGGUUGUACAGGACUUUCAAAGACAGUAAAUAUCUGUACAUGUUGAUGGAGGCCUGUCUAGGAGGAGAGCUUUGGACCAUUCUUAGAGACAGAGGAUCAUUUGAAGACUCUACUACACGGUUUUAUACAGCCUGUGUGGUUGAAGCCUUCGCUUACCUGCAUUCCAAGGGAAUCAUUUACCGUGAUUUAAAGCCAGAAAAUCUCAUUCUGGAUCACAGAGGAUAUGCCAAGCUUGUGGACUUUGGCUUUGCUAAAAAGAUCGGAUUUGGGAAGAAAACAUGGACUUUCUGUGGAACGCCGGAGUAUGUAGCCCCGGAGAUCAUACUGAAUAAAGGUCAUGACAUCUCAGCAGACUACUGGUCAUUGGGAAUUCUUAUGUAUGAACUCUUGACUGGAAGCCCUCCAUUCUCAGGACCGGAUCCAAUGAAGACAUAUAAUAUCAUUUUAAGAGGAAUCGACAUGAUAGAAUUUCCAAAGAAGAUCACCAAAAAUGCAGGCAAUCUAAUUAAAAAACUAUGCAGGGACAAUCCGUCUGAGAGGCUAGGAAACUUGAAAAAUGGAGUCAAAGAUAUCCAAAAGCACAAAUGGUUUGAAGGCUUUAACUGGGAAGGCCUGCGCAAAGGAACUCUCACCCCUCCAAUUAUUCCUGAUGUUGCAAGUCCGACUGACACCAGUAACUUUGAUAGCUUUCCUGAGGACAAUGAGGACCCUCCCCCAGAUGACAAUUCUGGCUGGGACACUGAUUUCUAAAACUGAAACUUGUAACAUGCCCUGCCCUGGAGUGUCCCGUGUGGUUCGUCAGCAAAGAGGAGAACGGAAGACGUCUAGCCCAGCUCUGUGACACCAAGUUGCCUUCGCCCACACUUCUGUCCUGUGGUGCCACUGGGGGCGUCUCAGCCCCCCGCCGCACCCCACGACUCCUGUAAACUGUCCUAAUUAGAAAGACUGGAGUCCAUAUUCCCAACACGACCUCAGAUAUGGACCACCUCGUGCUGUAGCCGAUUGUUCAUAAAUGAGCCCUUCAUUUUUUUUCUCUGCUGUUUUAUGUUUGACUGAUUGCACAAGCAGUGGUUUCAGGUUUUAGGUCUGGGUCUCAAAAACAAAAUCAUAACAGUACUAUGAUCUGAGUACUGAGUAUUGAAAGGAAUUUAGUCUGUGGUUACUUUUGAUUGCAUGACUAGUUGUGUAUAAAUACGGCUAGUAUAUUUGGAACAGAAACACACCAGUGUCAAAUACUUAAAAAGGUAAAAGGUCCUGUGGUGGAGAUUGAUUGAUUUUAAUUGACUGAUAUGAUUAAAUUCAUUUCCAAUUAGUUUUUUUUUUUUUUUUUUUUUGCAUACACCUCUUAAAGGAAUAGUUCACACAAAAAAUGAAAAUUCUGUCGGAAUCAUGUUGUUCUAAACCUGUAUGAUUUUCUUUCUUCUGCGGAACACAAAAUAAUAUAUUUUGAAUAAUGUUAUUAUAUGAAGUCAACAGCAACAUUCUUCAAAAUAUCUUUUUUUGUGUUCCACAGAAAAAAAGAAAGUCAUACAGGUUUGGAACAAUGUGAGGGUUAGCAAAUGAUGACAGGUUUUGCUAUUUAAUUUGUGGACUAUCCCUUUAAAUGUCUUCUCUCUCUCUCUCUCUCUCUCUUUCUCUUUUAAAGGCUUCUGAAUACAUUUAGUUUGUAUUAUGGGAAACUUGAAAGCUUUUCUUUUUUUAAGACAAUGGGAAUCCAAUCAAAUAAUGAAUUAGACUCAAUACAGUUUGUGCUCCACUAGAGGGCAGGCUUUUUACUAAAAUACGCACUGUACUUCCCCAGAGGAAAGGCAGUCAAGUCGCCGCAUCCCUGAUAAAAUGUGGGUAUGAUCGGAAUUGUGUUUAUGAAGUUACAUAAUCAGCUCUAUUACUGAUACCAGACAUACUUUCUGAAUAUUUUCUCCUGUCAUUUUCACCUAUCAUAUUCAUGACUCUACUUGACUCAUUUAAACAAUGAUGAGAAGACUGCCUGUAGUCUAUAAUAGCUUGAACACAAAGUGCUGUGCUGGAAAACCAAUUAUGUAAUCUUAUUUAUUGUAGGACCAGGGGUAAAUGUUUAUGUAUAUAUACAGUGGUAAUAUUUUUGUGAUAUUUGUAGAGAUUUAUUAUCAGAGUAAAACCAGUCCUAUUGGCCUUUU